AUGAGCCACAACUUUUUCGACGAUACGGCCGAAGUCGGCGACGAGGAAGACGAGGAGUCACUAGACGAGGAGACUGGUAACUCCAGACCAAAAUACAAUGGCACGAACGGCAUUGAGGACUCUUCAGAAGAGGAAGACGACGACGAUGAGGAGGAAGCACGCAGAGUCGCAGAAGGCUUCAUCGCCGACGAAGAUGAGGAGGACGAUGAUGCUCGAAGAGAGCGUCGACGUGAGAGGAAGAAGAAACGAAGACGCGAGGAACGUGAGGAAGAGGGCCUCGACGAGGAAGAUCUAGAACUUAUUGGUAUCAAAUCUCAGCGGGAGGAUGCCGAACCUAAAUUCAAACGCCUGAAGCGUGGACCUCGAGAGGGUCGAGAAGACCGCGCGCCCGGCAUCAAUGACAUCUUUGGUGCCUCCGACGAGGAGGAUGAAACCAUCGAUCGACGAGCAGAACGUUUCGACCGCAGGGCCGCUCAUGAUGAGUUCGACGACUUUAUUGAAGAAGACGUCUUUUCCGACGAGGAGCAGCAGAAGCAGCGAGAAGAUGAGGAAGUUGCACGCCCUAGACGACGAGGCAUUGCCGACCUUAGUAUGGCGGCAGAUGCCGGCCUAGACGAGCAGGCCAUGGAGGAUUUCCGGGAAGCUUUCGGCGACGGCACGGAUUACGACUUUGCUCUUGAGGCCGAAGACAUCGCUGAGGAAGAAGAGCACCAGAAAGAAAGGCACCUAAAUCUAAAGGACGUAUUCGAGCCGUCACAGUUAGCCGAGAAACUGCUUACGGAAGAAGACAACACAAUCAGACUCACUGAUGAGCCAGAGCGCCAUCAACUUGCGAGAAAACCUUACAAGCACAUUGACCUUUCCGAACAAGAGUUCAGGGAAGAGGCUGGCUGGAUAGCGAAUCGACUACGUGCGAAAAAGAACAUACAGUCUGAUCUGCAGGAACCUUUCCGCAAAGCUGUUGCUCAAGUCCUUGAGUUCUUGGUCCACGACGAAUACGAGGUUCCCUUCAUCUUUCAAAACCGCAAAGACCACUUGAUCCAUGCUGUGCGAAGACAGGUCGGCCGAAACGAUGAUGGUACUCCGCGCUAUGAGAUGGAUGCUAACAAGCUUCUAAAUCAGAACGAUUUAUGGGCCAUCUUCGACCACGAUCUCAAAUUCCGUGCUUUCAUCGAGAAGCGCCAGCAACUCACCAAAACCUAUAACGAUAUAAAGAGUACGAGCGUGGACUUCUCAGAUCCAAUUUUCGACAGCAUGCUUCUACAAGCGUCCAAUCUUGAAGAAUUGCAAGAUUUGCAGGACUAUAUCUUCUUCCAGUACUCGGCUCGCAUCAAGGACGUGACUGCCACAGCAAGCAAUGGAGAAACCAAUGGUUCAACUACAAUGCAGAAGAAAGCAAACGCAAGCACUAUCUACGAGGAAAUUCGUACAAGCAAGGUCUACCAUGUUGUUAGAGCUUUCGGCAUAACUGCUGAUGCCCUUGCCAAAAAUGCCCUUCAAGAAGGACCGAAGACUUACACUGAGGAUCCAUCAGAGACGCCAGAGAAUCUGGUAGACUCAUGCGUGGACGAGACGUUCUCUACGGGUGCUCGAGCUAUGAAAGCGGCUCGAAGCAUGUUUGCAGAAGAGUUAGUCACAUCGCCGAGGAUGCGUCGAUUUAUGCGAAGAAGUAUUUACAUGGAUGCUGCAAUAGACUGCUUCCGUACAGAGAAAGGUCUUCGACGAAUUUCAGAAGAUCACCCAUACUAUGAAUUCAAAUAUCUCCGAAAUCAAGACCUUCGAGCUAUUGCUUCGAGGCCAGACAUGUUCUUGAAGAUGCUCAAGGCAGAAGAGGAAGGGCUCGUAGAUGUCAAAGUUCGUCUACGUGAUCCUGAAAGGUUGCGCAAAGAUUUGCACAAACAGAUUGUGUCUGAUGCGUAUUCUACACUUGCAGAAGCAUGGAACGAGGAACGUCGGACUGCCGUCUCCGCAGCUUUUGACAAGCUGGUUUUGAUUAUGAGUCGGAACGUCAAGGAGAAUCUCAAGAACGAAUGCGAGGACAGUAUCGCUUUAGAUUGUCGAGAAGAGUUCUCCCGCAAGCUCGAUCAGUCCCCGUACCAACCCCGAGGAAUGAAGAAAGGCACCGUGCCUCGAGUAUUAGCACUUUCACUUGGUGGUGGUACCUCUGGCAGAGAUCCGGUCAAUUGGGCAUAUGUAAGCGACGAUGGUAGAGUUCUGGAAAAUGGGAAGUUUACUGAACUUGCACCCGGAAACGCUGAAAGAGGUCUACCGGAUGGUAAAGACGUGACAGCAUUUGUCGAGGUCGUUAGGAGGCGUGAGCCCGAGGUCAUUGGUAUUUCAGGCUGGUCGCCCGAAGCUCGAAGACUAGUUGCAAACAUUGAGGAGAUCGUGAAAAAUCAUGACUUAAGAGGAGCCGCAUUUGACGACGACGAUCGCGAACGUUCCGAUCCGCUUGAAGUUAUCACAGUCAACGACGAGGUAGCACGGUUCUACAAAUCGAGUAAGAAAGCUCGUGAACAGCACCCUGGUUUACCUGAGCUCACCCUCUACUGCGUGGCUCUCGCCAAAUACCUACAGGACCCCCUCAAAGAGUACGCAGCUCUUGGAAGCGAUCUUGUCUCUAUUAACUUUGUGCCUGCUCAGAACCUAUUACCACCAGAAAAACUCACGAAAGCCUUCGAGACCUCGUUAGUCGAUUAUGUGAACAUGGUGGGCGUGGACAUUGAUGAAGCUGCAGCCGAUACUGCCACUGCGAACUUGCUGGUCUUCGUUGCUGGUCUUGGUCCCCGAAAAGCCGCGCAUCUUCUCAAGGCAUACAAUGUGCACAGUAGAGAAUUCAAUACUCGUGAGGCUCUGCUGGGAGCGGAGCAUGCUCCACUAACGCCGAAGGUUUGGGUCAACGCAGUGAGCACACUGUUUCUCCGUUUCGACACUAGCGAUGAGGACGCGGAGUUCCUGGACAGCACACGAAUACAUCCUGAAGACUACGAUAUCGCACGAAAGAUGGCAGCUGAUGCACUGGAACUAGACGAAGAAGAUAUCGAAGCGGAGACCAGAGAGGGUGGUCGCGGAGCCAUUGUCAAGAAACUCAUCAAGGACGACGCGGCGGAUCGUGUCAACGAUCUUGUACUUGACGAGUACGCUGAUCAGCUCGAGAAGGACUACAAUGCUAAGAAGAGGUCAACAUUAGAGAAUAUUCGUGCUGAACUCAAUGACCCGUACGAAGAGAUUCGAAGUCCGUUCUUGGUCAAGCUCAGUGAAAGUGAGAUCUUCACGAUGUUUACUCAUGAGACGCGAGACUCGCUUCAGAAAGGCAUGAAUGUGCCUAUGCUAAUCAAACGUGUCACCGAGGCAUCAGUGGAGGGCAAACUAGACUGUGGUAUCGACGCAUUUGCUAUGGAGGGCGAAACGACAGACCCUGGUGUCAAUCCUAGAAACGUCUAUGCAUCUUACCAAACCGUUCAGGCACAUAUAAUUUCCAUCGAUCGUAAAGGAUUUAUGGCUGUGGUCAGUCUUAGAGAGGAGAAGACGAAGAAACCCUUCCGUCGGCUCGACACAAGUGACUAUGGUCAUGACCAGUGGGAUGACAGGCAAGAAGCCAACGACAGAAAACUUUUAGAAACCAAGACCGACGCGCAAGGUCGAGCAGUCCGUGUUGUGAAGCAUCCACUCUUCAAGCAGAUGGGCUCUAGAGCGGCUGAGGAGUACCUCGGUAGCAUGAAUCGUGGUGAUUUGAUCAUUCGGCCCUCAUCGAAAGGACAUGACCACCUUGCCGUGACUUGGAAGGUUGCAGAUGGUGUCUUUCAGCACAUUGACGUUCUCGAACUGGACAAGGAGAAUGAGUUCACUCUCGGCAAGACCCUUCGAGUAGGUGGCAAGUUCAACUACUCGGAUCUCGAUGAAUUGAUCGUGCUGCACAUAAAGGCGAUGGCUAAGAAAGUGGACGAAAUGAUGGCUCAUGAAAAGUUCCAGGACAAGAGCAAAGCUGCGAUGGAUGAAUGGCUCACAACAUAUUCGAAUGCCAAUCCUAAACGGUCCAUGUAUCAAUUCUGUAUCAAUCGUGAAAGACCCGGAAAUUUCCACUUGUGUUUCAAGGCAGGACAAAAGGCGAAGCUGAUGGACUGGCAGGUCAAGAUCAUUCCUCAGGGCUUCCAGCUCAUGAAUCAGCCAUAUCCGGACAUGAGGAGUUUGUGCAAUGGGUUCAAAUUGAUCUUCGGUAACAUGCAGAAUGCCGCCAUGAUGGGGGCUGCUAGGUAA